GCUCAGUUCCACCUCCACGCCGAGCUAAACGUCUACAGCCACAUCGGAUCGACUCUCCGUUCACCGUUGUCGCCGCGGCGCCGCCGCCGACGAGGCCAUAGCCUUGCCCUACAGCCCCGCAACCUUGCCACCGCUCGCACGUGACGCCCCCUGCGCGCAUCCGCGCAACUAGCUCACAACCGAGGGGGAGGAAGAGGGAGGUGAGCUAUGGAGAAGUCGCCGGGGGCUUCACCGGAGACCGCCGCGGCGGCCGCGGAGGUGGCGGAGCGGUUCCGGUCGCUGGUAUCCGCCGAGGACGUCGGAUCCAUCAAGCAGGCGCAGCACCUCAUACUGGGGCGAUUGCAAGAUAGUAAUGCAGUUCUAACGCAUUUUAACGAGUACUCUGAACAAUGCUUUGCGGAGGUCUCCAGUGACUUUGCUAGUAAAACUCGCCUUCUCAAGUCGAUGAAGGAUGAUCUUGACCAUAUUUUCCUGAAACUGAGAAGCAUGAAAUCAAGGUUAGCAGCAACUUAUCCAGAUGCUUUCCCUGAUGGUGCCAUGGCAAAGAUGAUGGAUCAAAGACCAGAUCUUGAAAAUCCUCUGGAAUAAUUGGUUUAUCACCUAAACGUAGCAUAUCAGCGACAAGAUCUGCUGCAGCUAAGAUCCAUUUCCUUUUUCUUGAGAAGUGAAGCAAGAAAGUUCUAUCUGCACCUUGUGUUGCAGAAAACUACAGCUUCCAGAAACUUCCGCGUACACCUUGUGCAUAAAUGGGCUUUCGUAGAUCUGUUAUUUUCUCAUCCUUUUGUGCAUGUAAUUGAUGUAUUGGUGGCUGUAUGGAUUAACGUUACUCCCUCCGAUCCAUAAUAAUUGUCGCUGUUUUAGUUCAAAUUUGAACUAAAACCACGACACUUAGUAGGGAUCAGGGAUCGGAGGGAGUACUAUGUUUGUAAGAUCUAGUAUCAUAAUGAAUAUUGAAAGAAAAUUGUAAUAUUUUUGUA